AUGGCUCAAGAACUGGAUUCUAUAGGUCAAUUUCACCCUUGGUCACCUCUGGAGGCGCCACUGGAACUCAACUGGAUUGGAAGCUACACUCUCUGGACCAUCACUACACUCAAUUACACAACAUGGCAACACUCAACCACCACCAACCCAUCAACAAUUACUGUUGGUCUGGACACCACGGGUGCACCCAGGCGUCUUGAGAACGCCUGGGUUGACCGCCUUGAAGGCGUCUCAAACCAAUUGAAUGGGAGACGCCUUCAAGGCGCCCAGACGUUGCGCCUGCAAGGCGACUUGGAUGCAGGUGCAAGUCGUUUUGGAGGCGACUUCAAAAAACCACCUAAGACGCUUUGCGACCGACUUCAAAGUCGUCUUCAAAACGACUUGGGAACAGCUUAG